UUAUAAUUUCAAUCUUUCACUUUCUCUCUUUUUAAUACAGUGGUGAAGAGAGACAAAAAAGAAAAGAAAAAGGAGAGAGUCAUGGUGUCAACGAGACGAAGUGGAUCUCUAUCUGGUAAUAAUAACAAGAGAUCUUCUUCUUCUUCUGAAGAUAAGCCCCCAUCUCCGAAACGACAAAAGGUGGAAAAUGCGGAGAAAUCGAUGCCGGCGGCGGAGAGUUCCAAAGAAAUGUGUACGCCGCCCGCCGUGGAUCCCGGAUAUUGUGGGAACGGUGAGACUCCGAUCGCCGGAGAUGAUGUGAAUAACGCUGGGAAGGGUGAGACAUCAUCGGCUGCUGUCGCCGUGGUAGCGCCGAUCGCUGAUGGUUCUGCGCCGGUUCUGUUGGAUAAGGGGAGGAGUUCGUUCACUACUUGGAGUAUUUCCCAGAAGCAAAAUCCAAAUUUUGAUACGUCUACACCUUGGUGCAGACUUUUAUCGCAGUCUGCGCAGAAUCCUAAUGUUUCUAUUUGCAUAUCAAAUUUCACGAUUGGCUCGAGUAAACACUGCGAUUUCCAAUUAAAGGACCAGACAAUUAGUGCAGUGCUUUGCAAGAUAAAGCACACCCAGCACGAAGGCAGCGCAGCAGCCAUGUUAGAAAGCACUGGGAGCAAGGGGUCAGUGCAAGUAAAUGGGACAGUGCUGAAGAAAAAUAACUCUUGUGUGCUUAAGUCGGGUGAUGAAGUGGUCUUCGGUUUGCUGGGGAAUCAUGCAUAUAUAUUUCAGCAACUCAUGACUGAUGUUGCAGUUAAGGGUGCAGAGGUCCAGAAUACCAUAGGAAAGUUUCUGCAGCUUGAGAGGAGGUCAGGAGAUUCAUCAGCUGUUACUGGGGCGGCUACCAUAUUGGCAUCACUUUCAAGCUUGAGGCCAGAUUUAUCGCGCUGGAAAUCGCCUCCUCAAGCCAGCAGUAAGAUCCCGCAGGUGACUGAGGUGUCUACUGCUGCGGAUGUUAAUCUUGAUGGCAUGGAAGGAAAUUCAACUGCAAACAUAGGGAAUGAUAAAGCUGCAGAGGUUGGAUCAGUCAACAAGACUCUUCAUCUUGAUUGCAACCACGACUCCAACACAGAGGCAGGCAAUGUAAAACUCUCUGGGGUGAAUGAUUUGCUAAGGCCUUUCUUGAGGAUGUUUGCACCAUCAACUAGUUGUAAUCUGAAAUUGAGUAAAAGUAUCUGUAAACAGGUAUUGGACGGAAGAAACGAGUGGGUGAAGGACUCACAGCCGACAAUGCUAUCAAGUAUAUCACUUCGCUGUGCGGUAUUCAAAGAGGACAUUCAUGCAGGAAUUCUUGAUGGCAGAAACUUAGACGUGUCAUUUGAUAACUUCCCAUAUUAUUUAAGUGAAAAUACAAAAAAUGUGCUCAUAGCAGCUUCAAUUAUACACCUCAAGCACAAAGAACACGUGAAAUAUACUUCAGAUCUAACCACUGUGAACCCACGGAUUUUGCUCUCAGGCCCUGCAGGGUCUGAGAUAUAUCAGGAGAUGCUGACGAAGGCGCUUGCUAAUUAUUUUGGGGCCAAAUUGCUCAUUUUUGAUAGCCAUUCUUUUUUGGGUGGUUUGUCUUCAAAGGAAGCUGAGCUUCUGAAGGAUGGUGUCAAUGCUGAAAAAUCCUGCACCUGCACCAAACAGAAUUCUGGGCCCAUUGAAUUGGCCAAUAGUUUGGCUCCAGCUGUUGAAGCAGACACUUCAAGUGCUGUGCCUGAUGCUACUUGUGACCCUGAAUCUCUGCCAAAGACAGAAGCUGAUACCAUGCCCUCAUCUGGAUCAUCUAAGAAUAAAAUGUUUAAGAUAGGUGACAGAGUAAAAUUUAUGAAUUCAACUUCAGGCAGUCUAUAUCCAGCAGCAUCUCCAUCUAGAGGCCCUCCUUAUGGGGUUCGCGGGAAAGUCAUGUUACUCUUUGCAGACAAUCCUUUCUCAAAAAUUGGUGUAAGAUUUGAUAAACCCAUACCUGAUGGCGUUGACCUUGGAAAUAUUCGUGAGGUGGGCCAUGGAUUUUUCUGCAAUGCUUCUGACCUUCGUUUGGAGAACUCAAGCACAGAGGAUUUAGAUAGAUUACUCAUUAACACUUUGUUUGAGGCUAUACACAGUGAGAGCAGAACUUCUCCUUUUAUUUUGUUUAUGAAAGACGCUGAGAAGUCUCUUGCAGGAAAUACAGACUCUUACUCCACAUUUAAGAGCAAACUUGAAAAGCUUCCUGAUAAUGUCAUUGUAAUUGGUUCACACACUCAUACUGACAACCGUAAGGAGAAGUCGCAUCCUGGUGGUUUGCUUUUCACAAAAUUUGGUGGAAGCCAAACUGCUCUCCUUGACUUGGCAUUUCCGGAUAGCUUUGGUAGGUUGCAUGACAGGGGGAAGGAAGUUCCGAAGGCUACAAAAAUUUUGACUAAGCUUUUUCCAAAUAAAGUUACCAUUCACAUGCCACAGGAUGAAGCUGUGCUUGCAUCUUGGAAGCACCAAUUGGAUCGUGAUGCUGAAACUCUUAAAAUGAAGGGGAAUUUGAAUCUUCUACGAACUGUUUUGGGUCGGAGUGGGAUGGAAUGUGAAGGGCUUGAAACUUUAUGCAUCAAGGAUCAAACCCUUACAAAUGAAAGUGCUGAGAAAGUUGUUGGGUGGGCUUUAAGUCACCAUCUAAUGCAGCAUCCUGAAGCGGAUGCCGAUGUGAGGCUUGUUUUAUCAUGUGAAAGCAUUCAAUAUGGCAUUGAGAUCUUACAGGCUAUCCAGAAUGAAUCUAAAAGCUUGAAGAAGUCACUUAAGGAUGUCGUAACCGAAAAUGAAUUUGAGAAAAGGCUUUUAGCUGAUGUUAUUCCACCCAGUGAUAUUGGAGUUACCUUUGACGAUAUCGGAGCUCUUGAAAACGUGAAGGAUACAUUAAAGGAGUUAGUUAUGCUUCCUUUACAGAGGCCUGAACUCUUUUGCAAGGGGCAACUUACUAAGCCUUGCAAGGGCAUACUCUUAUUCGGACCUCCUGGAACUGGGAAAACUAUGCUGGCAAAAGCUGUGGCUACUGAAGCUGGUGCGAACUUCAUUAAUAUAUCCAUGUCAAGCAUCACAUCAAAGUGGUUCGGUGAGGGUGAGAAAUACGUGAAAGCUGUUUUUUCCUUGGCCAGUAAAAUUGCUCCAAGUGUCAUAUUUGUUGAUGAGGUUGAUAGCAUGCUGGGCCGGAGAGAAAAUCCUGGGGAGCAUGAAGCCAUGCGUAAGAUGAAAAACGAAUUUAUGGUGAACUGGGAUGGUCUACGUACAAAAGACACAGAACGGGUCCUUGUACUUGCAGCCACAAAUCGGCCUUUUGACCUUGAUGAGGCUGUCAUUAGAAGGCUGCCACGGAGAUUGAUGGUAAAUUUGCCAGAUGCUGCAAAUAGAGCAAAAAUACUAAAGGUUAUUCUUGCAAAGGAGGACUUGUCCCCUGAGGUUGAUUUUGAUGCUGUUGCGAGUAUGACAGAUGGAUAUUCUGGGAGCGACCUUAAGAAUCUUUGUGUGACUGCUGCACACCGUCCAAUUAAAGAGAUUUUGGAAAAGGAGAAAAAGGAACGAGCUGCUGCUCUAGCAGAGGGCAAACCUCCUCCGCCUUUGAGUGGGAGUGCUGAUAUACGUUCUCUAAACAUGGACGACUUCAAAUAUGCCCAUGAGCGGGUAUGUGCCAGCGUAUCUUCUGAGUCCGUGAACAUGACUGAGCUGCUUCAAUGGAACGAGCUCUACGGUGAGGGUGGGUCACGAAGAAAGAAGGCUCUCAGCUACUUCAUGUGAAGCCCCUGUCGGUGUCUUUGUACAAAUGGUUCGUACGUAUCUUCCAAAAUUUCUCUCUGCUCUUCUUCUAAAGGCCUGUAUGCAAGUAAGUUUACUGUGCCGGUACAUGUCCGGUGUGGCUCACUCGUAUUUUGUCUGUAUAAUGAAAGUAUAGGUUUUUUUAAGUUAUGUUUCUCACUUAAUAUCAUCAGGCUGGUCCGGGGAUGAUCGGUAUUUUAAGGCAGCAAAACCUAAACCGAUAUUUCGGGCUUUUGGGUUAAGCUGCUUUUGUUUUGGUUCCUCUGUGUCAUCUCCUUUAGUGCCUGCACAAAAAAAGAGCAUGUUUUUGGUUUUGUUGUAUUUAAGUUAAUUUAACGAUCUCAUAAGGAAAAAAAGAAAGAGAGGACGCUGUGAGUAUAUAAUAUAUUUAUAGUGAUUCUUUUUCAUGUUCUGUCAGAAAUUCAUCAUCAAUAAAAUAAUCUGAUCUCGGGCUUAUCCGGCUUAGAUUAUUAUUUA